AUGACAGAUUUAUCAAUAGAACAAACAAGAAUAUUAGCAGACUUUAGAGUAUUUAUUGAUCAGAAUGCAAAAGAAUGGAAGGAAAAGUUGGGACUAGCUAGUCAAUUAGAACUAUGGCAUAUCAAUUUGGAAGUAGAAUCACCUCUUCGUGAUAUGAUAUUGAUCAAGUUUCUAAGGGCAAGAGAUUUUAAAUUGGAUUGUGCACAGACGAUGCUGUACAAUACAUUUGUGUGGAGAAAAGAGUUUAAUGUUGAUAAUCUAGUCAAUGAACAGUUCCCAGAGUAUGACAAUAUCGGUAGUAUUGGUGUAGAUCGGUUGGGAAGACCUGUCAUGUACAACUACUACUGCAAUAUCGAUGUCAACAAGAUAUUUGCCAAUGGUGACGUUUCAACGUUUCUUCGUUGGAAGGUGAGUCAGAUGGAAACAUCCAUCAAAUCAUUGGCAGAGAAUGGAUGGAAAGAGAGUCAGAUGUUGGUAGUACACGACUAUAAAGAUGUAUCACUCUUUAGCAUGGACUCUCGUACCAAACAAGCAUCCAAACAAACCAUCCAACUCUUGCAAGACAACUAUCCAGAGAUCCUAGCCGUCAAAUAUUUCAUAAACAUCCCUUGGUUCUUUGAACGUCUAGUUAAUCUAUUUACAUCUGAAAGAACUAAAAAGAAGUUUGUUGUUUGUGAUAGUAAUUCUUAUCGUCAUCAUUUAUUAGAAAAUAUUGAUAUUACAAAGCUGCCAGCUAAAUAUGGUGGAUUAAAUAAUAUUCAACAAGAUGGCAACAACAUAGAAGACACUACCGCCGCCACCACCACCAAGGGUGAUAAUGAACAAGAUAAAGUACAAUCAGUUACUUUAAAAUCCAAGGAAUCACACAAGAUUAAUCUUGGUACACUUUUACCUGGUACUACAGUGUCUUGGGAAUUUACAACAGAAUCUAAUGAUAUUGGAUUUAGUAUUGUAAUAGAUAAUUCUCCAUCAUCAUCAUCAUCAUCAUCAGGUGAUGGUGAUAAUAAUAAUAAUAAUAACAAAAACAACUACCAACCAGCACUUGAUAGAACAGUUCAUGAAUUCAAUGCUGGUGAAUUUACAACUGUCCGUGAUGCCAAAUAUUUGUUCAUAUUUGAUAAUAACCACUCCAUGUUUAAACAAAAAUUGGUUCAUUACAAGAUAGCUGUUAAAUCAGCUGCCAUUCCAACUCCUACUCCAACCACUGUGCCAAUCUUAAAUCAAGUUGGUUCUUCUACUGCUACAACAACUUUGGAACCUACGGUGGACGAUAAAAAACAAGAAGAAACAGUUGAUGCUACUACCACCACAACAUCACCUGAUCACGACCAAAUCGACGAAUAA